CCAGCACACUGAGACCAUUUAUUAGAAUAUCUUGCCGCCGACCAACAAAGGAACACAACACCUUUUAAUGAAAAAUAAAAACAUAUGUUAGGCACUGCUUAUUUAAGAACUGCAGCUUUAAUUUUUACCUGUUCUUUAAUCUGGGAAGUCUAUGUAUCAAGCUGAUACACUAAGUGGAAACCUGGGCAAUUACUUUUGGAGUAAAAGCAUGAGAUAUGCCUGGAAUUUCAAGUACUGGGUUGAAACUCUUUGCCACACAGGCCAGAAAACAAUUUGAGCUCUUGAGCUUGUGAAGAGGUGUGUUACCUGCUGGGGGCAUGUUUCUGACUCUCAGUAAAACAAAGAAGUCUCAGAGGUCUCCACUGGCUGCUACUUUACCUGACUAGAGUUUCGGUCCAUCCUUAUUUUUUCUCAAUUUUAGUUUGUAAAACAUUUUGAGGAAACAACCUAGAGACAACAAUGAAGAACCUGGAGAGCCCAACACCUCCAGCAUCCUUUACUCUAUGGGACUAUGUGGUUUUUACUCUGAUGCUGGUCAUCUCAGCAGCUGUUGGGUUGUACUAUGGCUUUGCCAAAGGAGGACAACACAGCUCCAGGGAUUUUCUAGUUGGUGGUCGCAGUAUGACAGCAGUGCCCGUGGCUCUGAGCCUGACUGCCAGUUUCAUGUCAGCCAUCACGGUGCUGGCCACCCCAGUAGAAGUGUACUGUUACGGGCUCAGCUUCAUCCUCACCUGCCUUUCAUUUAUUCCCAUGGUGUGGAUCAGCUCAGAGAUCUUUCUGCCAAUCUUCUACAGACUGGGAAUUACCAGUACUUAUGAGUAUCUGGAAAUGCGGUUUAACAAAGCCACUCGGCUGUUUGGAACAGUGUUAUUUAUCAUACAAACAUUACUUUACACUGGAAUGGUUAUCUACGCUCCAGCACUGGCUUUAAACCAAGUCACUGGCUUAGAUCUCUGGGGAGCUGUGAUAUCGACUGGAGUGGUCUGUACCUUCUACUGCACCUUGGGUGGUCUGAAGGCUGUGGUGUGGACAGACGUGUUCCAGGUGCUCAUCAUGCUGACUGGGUUCUUGGCUGUCAUAAUUCAGUCUGUGCUGGUGCAGGGCGGAGUCUCCGUCAUCUUCAGCGAUGCUGCCCAGGGUGGCAGAAUCAACAUAUUGGACUUUGAUCCUAACCCUCUGAGGAGGCACACUUUCUGGACUAUCCUAAUCGGUGGUACAUUUGUCUGGACCAGUACGUAUGGUAUUAACCAAGCUCAGGUGCAACGAUAUGUGUCUUGCAAGUCCCUGUUCCAUGCCAAAAUGUCUCUGUAUGUGAACUUGGUGUCUCUCUGGGCUAUUAAUCUUUGUUCAGUUUUUUGUGGAUUGUGUUUGUACUCUGUUUAUAAGAAUUGUGAUCCAUGGACAGCUAAUAAGGUGUCUGCUCAAGACCAGCUAAUGCCAUAUCUGGUUCUGGAUAUCUUAAGGGAUCACCCUGGACUUCCUGGCUUGUUUGUAGCAGCAGCAUACAGUGGCACCCUGAGCACAGUGUCCUCCAGUGUGAACGCAUUAGCCACAGUGACGGCUACUGACCUGAUAAGUCCAUACUUCAGCUUGUCGGAGCAGCAGCUCUCAUGGGUAUCGAAAGGCCUGAACAUUUUCUAUGGAGCUAUGUGCAUUGGGAUGGCUGGUGUUGCAUCUCUGAUGGGAGGGCUGCUACAGGCAGCGAUCAGCAUUGUUGGCACGAUUGGUGGACCUCUACUUGGCCUCUUCACUUUGGGAAUCCUGUUCCCCUUUGUUAACUCAAAGGGAGGACUGGCUGGUCUGGUCACUGGGCUAUCUGUAUCCUUCUGGGUGUGUAUUGGGUCUCAGAUCUAUCGACCCCUACCUGAGAGUACCAGACCCCUCGCUCUGGAAACACAUGGCUGCAACUUCACCAUGGCUGAGAAUGUCUUACAGAACUGGACCUACUCUACACAGACUGAACACAUCACCUCUGCCCAGCAGCACAACACUCAGGACAGGCCUUGGCUGGCUGAUAGUUGGUACUCCUUGUCCUACCUGUAUUUCUGUCCUGUGGGGACUUUAGUUGCCAUAGCUGUGGGGUUGAUUGUAAGUUUGGUCUCAGGGGAUAAAGCGCUAAAGCUGGAAGCAGGUCUGACAGUAAUGAAGGAGGAUUUAACUUGCUACAAGCUUUAUAAGAUACUAAAGCAAAAGGCCAUAGGAAAUUCAUUUAAACUUGACCUGGCUGGGGGGAAGGAGAAGAAAUCUGGUGAAACUAACUUUGCCUUUCGUGAUAUUGAGCUUGAUAUCACACAAAUGCAGUCUCAGAAAUCUCUUACAUAAGAUGAUUUGCUCAUUUUUCUUCAUUACAUUUAUCAUCGCACAUUUUCUUUUAUGAAUGCACCAUACCAUCUAUGUUAGUAAUAACAAAAACAACCAGACAGGAUAUUGUGACAAAAUACACAUUUAUUAUUCAGCGCCUCUCUGGACAAACAGAAUUAACUAUUAAAGCUUACUGAGCUUACUGGAGGGGAAAAGACGCAAGUUCUCCACUUAGCCACACUGUGCUAUUUCUACAUUAAACUUCUCAACACACACUGCUGACAUUCCUCACAUAUAAUAAUCUUAAUAAAUGCUGAAUGAAUUAA